CCCCGCACGUCGGGAUCCCGAGACUGGUGCCAGCUCGCCUGCAGGCGUGCAUGCACCCAGCCUUCCUACCUGCACCAUCCGAGGCUGUUUGCCGCAUGCAAGCCCCGGAAGAACGAAGCGCGCCGAUUCUACUGCUGAACGGCGGCGGGGCUCGCCGAGAUGCUCGGUCGGAUCCUCGUUCCGACGGCCUUAGCGAUUCUGCCUGCAAGAGGAGAGACCCGCCGGUGAUCUGCUUGGCUGCUGUUAGCAAGCAACUUCAUGCCAGCCUGAUUCCUUGGGGGGUGGGGGAAGAGGGGAUGGGGAGUGCUACCUGGUUGGGACACUGAGCUGUCCGUCUCUUCCCGCUUUGCCCCGGAGAGGUGCCUCUCAUCCCUUUGAAGGCUCAGCGAUGACGGGGUCCAGCUCCAAUGCUUCCCGCCACCCUAAAGGAGACAAAGGGGGCCGUUCCAGGAGCUCGCACGCCCGGACGGUUGGCCUUACCAACAGCGGGGGCUCGGAAGAGGAAGACAAAGAUGGAGGGGUGGUUUUCCUCGUCAACAAAAGUGGCUUCCCUAUUGAUGGGAAGACCUGGGAGAGGAUGUGGGGCCACGUGGCGAAGGUGCAUCCGUCGGGCAAAGAGAUGGUGGAGACCAUAAGGAAUGCUGACAACCUUGCAAAACCUUCAAUGCCAUCCUUGCCAAGCUACAAGGCUUCCAUGACCAUCCCUGAGUGGCUUCAGGCAAUACAGAAUUACAUGAAGAUGCUGCAAUACAAUCACACAGGGACUCAAUUUUUUGAAAUUAGGAAAUCAAGACCUCUAAGUGGGUUAAUGGAAUCUGCAAAAGAAAUGACCAGGGAAUCUUUACCUAUCAAAUGCCUUGAAGCAGUUAUCCUGGGAAUAUACUUAACCAAUGGGCAGCCUUCAGUGGAACGAUUCCCAAUCAGUUUUAAAUCCCACUUCUCAGGGAACAAUUUUCAUCAUGUGGUGCUUGGAAUUUAUUUCAAUGGUCGAUAUGGAUCUCUGGGCAUGAGCAGAAGAUCGGAGCUGAUGGACAAGCCUUUGAUUUUCCGAACUCUGAGUGACCUCAUCUUUGAAUUUGAAGAGUCCUACAAAAAGUAUUUACACUCUGUGAAAAAAGUAAAAAUUGGAUUGUAUGUCCCCCAUGAACCACACAGCUUUCAGCCCAUCGAAUGGAGGCAGUUGGUGCUCAACGUGUCAAAGAUGGUGAGGUCAGAGAUAAGGAAAGAGCUGGAGAAAUAUGCCAGAGAUAUGAGAAUGAAGAUUUUGAAGCCCGCAAGUGCCCAUUCUCCAGUCAAGCAGAGAACACGGGGGAAGUCCCUCUCCCCCCGAAGAAGACAAACCAGCCCUCAGAGGCGGGCCUGCCGAAGAGACAAAUCGCAGAAACUGAAUCCUAUCCAGCGGACUGGAGUCUUCAGGCCCGCUGCGCUGGAUAAGAAAGUGAGCGAGCUCUCAACACUGAACGAUGUCGGCUACCAGCUCCGCAUCUGACAAAGCCAGAAGCCAAACGAGACAGCUUCCAGGGUGCUUCUUCCUGAAUUUUACCCUGCGAUCUGUGGACAAAGGGGUGGAAAGAGGGAGCUGCGACUAUUUAUUAUGAACAUGAGGAUUUUAUUUAAGAUCCUAGGAAUUAGGGGUCCUAGUAGUGACAGUGGUGGGUUUUUUUAUUUUUAUGUUUUAUUUUUCAAUUCGUGAAGUGGGAAUCAAGGAAAAGGGGGAACGGGGGAAACUGUUUUUUUUGUCUACAAUAAUGUUGUUACUCUCCAUCAAGCUGAAAAGGGGAGAGGUGAUGUGGUUGUGUGGCUUUGGUCCCCCCCCCCCCCCGGUCUGGAUUGAAAUAAUUGUUUCCGUCGUGGCUGUUUUGCAUUGGAGCUCGGAGCGUUGUGUGGUGUCUGUAGGGUUUUAGAAACCGGCGACAAUGAAAGUAUAUCCCCCCCGCGGCGUUGGAAAGGGCUGGGGUGUGGUCGGUUGCUUGCGAGUCAAAGGAAGCCAUAGUCCAGCGGGAACUUUUGUUGCACGACUUCCAUUGGAAUUAACGGGAUCUGAGCAACCCCCUCCCCAUUUCAGUGGAGCUCAAUGGAAGAGGAAGAGGCCAGCAGGCUAUUUGUCUCUCCGGUCUGGUGUUUAAAUGUGACAUUCAGCAAUAAAAACAAGAGCAGCAGUCCGGAAAAGUUAUGCGAGUGGGUUUUUCCUCUCUUCGGAAUAUCAAUAUUACCUCAAGAAUCUUGACAAUAGAUAUGCAAAGCUGACAGUAUUUUGAUUUUAUAAUGGAUUUGUACUGUGUUCCCAGCUUUUCUGGUAGCAGAACAUUCACUGGGCCCUUUCUGACCCCACCUCCUCCGCCUUACUCCCCGUAUGUGCAUGUGUGUGACAAAAGAAAGUAUCAUGAUAUGCAAGGGUUUUCUUAAGAGCUCUGAAGUCUUACAAUUAUUCUGUUAAGGAUGCAGCUAACUGUUGAAGCAAUUGUUUGCCUACCAUAAGGGUAGCCAAUGUGGUGAUCUUCAGGUGUUCACUGACCAUUCACCAUGCUUGGAUGGGCCUGGUGGGAUUUGCAGUCCAGACACACCUGGAGAGCAUCAUGCUGGCUUCACUUGCCUAACAAAUGACUGAUACCUGGUUUUUUUGUUUUUUAAAAAAUAAUGUUUUGAAAAUAUUUUGUGUCCGGCUAUGCAGGGGUAGCCAGUGUAGUCGUGCCCUCCAGAUGUUGUUGGACUACGGUGCCCAUCAGCCCCAGCCAGCAGAGCCAAUGGUCAAGGAUGAUGGGAGUUGUAGUCCAGCGAUGCCUGGAGGGACCAAACCAUGGCUAUCCUUGGUCUUUAAGCACAAGUGGAAUGGCCCAGCAGUUCUGGUGCGUAUCUGUGAGCUGUCAGGUUUGCGUUUUGCUCUGUGCAUGCAGGUGCUGGCCCACUGUCUUCUGUGCAAUGGUGAGUCCUCUGCGCAUGUGAUGAGCAUUCCCCAUUAUGCUUGGGGAGCAUUCCCAAGGGAGAAAAGACUAGGGCGUCUGGCUUGUGCCACAGAGCCCUAGGGACCUUUGGAUCACGCCGAAGAACCAUAGAUGUACAGAUGAGCCUUGUAGUGACAGUCAUAUCAGGUAUGUGUGUUGAACAUUCUUAAAAAUAAUGUCAGAAUCUAUGGGCUUCCCUCAAGAAUGUACUCUUCUUCCUCUGUUUGUAUGCCUGUAAUAUUAUUAUUAAUAAUAAUUGUCUUCAAAAGGAUGGACACUUCCAAGCUGAUGAUGUCUUGGCAUCUUAUAUUAAGAUCAGACAUCCUGUAUGCAGUCAUGGCCAAAGUAUUAGGGGAAAACAGCCAUCUGUACGGAGUGCAGUCAGAGAAAAAUGAAUGAGGGAAGGUACCCCUGGCCAAGGAAUUGUCUUUUAGAAUGCACCUUGCAUUUGGACAAAUGGGUGUUUUUUUUGCUUAUUGUGGUUUGGAGAGGAGCAGGCUGCUGGAUGACUGGCCUGAUGCAGAAUAACGCUCUUGGUCUUUUAAACACAGUUAAGAGAUCUGUGGCUUCAGUCCAAUACAGUCUUCCCUGGAAUAAGCCCCAUGGAAUUUCAUGGGUCUUUCUUCUGAGCCGACACGUCUUAAAUUUGCAUUGUCCUCAAACCCUAUGCAUGCUGACUUGGAGGUAAAUCCCAAGUUCACGUGUAACAGGAGUGCAGCCUAUGAGCAGGACACCCUCUGGCAAACUCUCUUCCUUUCUCACCUUUCCUAUCGGAUUUAAUUUCCACCGGCUUUCCCCUUAAAUAAUGUUGAUAGCAUCCUGACGAAUCAACAUUAUUUAAGGGGAAAUGGCUUGCAAAAAAAGUGUUUGUUAGCCAAACAGCACACACAAGUCUGCGCCAAGAUGCUAGUGAAUUUUUAUGAGGAUUUUCCCACGCCCCUGAAAAACAAUGCAAAUUGCAGGAAUGUAGAGAACUGAGUUUAAGACUGGGAAAAUGAGAAAGGGAGAGAACCCUGAUGUGGAACCAGGAGCAUGGUGACAAGGGAAAGGAGGGAGAGCAAUUGGCCUAAAGAAGGGAUGAAGAGGUGGAAAGAAGCAUGCCAGCUUUUACCCUCCUCCAGCUCUCUUAUCUAAGGUUAAGAGAUCAGCAGUGAUGUGUCUGCACCAGAUCUGUGUGAUCAUGGAAGAAUCUCACAUUCAAGGAAAUGGCCAGGUGUGUCGCAGGGCCUCACCGCAGUGUAGCCCCUGCUGAGAGCCAGCGGGUGGAAGGGAGAGGCUCAGUGGACUUCCUGCUUUGUGACUGUAUUCCUGAAAAGCCUAGCCUUCCUCAUCCAGUAGUCUUGGACUACAACUCCCAUCAGCCUCAGCCAGCAUGGCCUGUGACCAAGGACAAUGGGAAUUGUAGCCCAGGAAGAUCUGGAGAGCAUCCAUGGAUAAGGGCUGCCUUAGCCUCAUUGGGCGUUCACACCAAUGUGUGUAGGCUAAAAGUGGAGAGUGGGCAGGGGUGUGCACACGUAUCCUGCCCCCGACACCCCCACAUGCUCAUGCAUGCCCCGCUCCCAACAUGCUGGCCUGGGCGAGCUCCGCAUGAGAUCUGCCCACGUUCUCCAAGCAUGCUUAGAAGAUCCUUUCAGAUCUUCCAUCUCAGCACAGAAGUUCUGAAGUGGACUCUGUGUGCUUGGGGAAGGCUGGAGCAUGGCUUAGGUGCUCAUCCUCCUGCCUGAAUUCUCGUUUUUUAGCCCACACCCCUUCACCCUAAAUGCCUGAAGAGGACUGCUGUCGAAAAUCUAAAGGGCAGGGUUCCCCCCCCCCAAAUAAGUUUUAAGUACCACUGAGGGCUGAUUAAUGUGACACUUUUCUUAUUGCAGUGAUUUUUUUAGCAGUGAAAUGCAGUGUUUGGAUUUAAAAAUAAAAUAAAAAAGAGGCUGCGUGCCAUACGAAGAGCUGGUUCACAUGAUUAAAUGAACCAAGCUAUGGCUUAGUGAGACCACCUGAGUGUGGAGGCUACGGGAGGAGUUUGCUGUUCCCUGGUCCUUUUUACGAACAUGCUGUGCCAAGGACAAAUCUGCCACAGCUCAUCGUUAGCGAGGCGUGAGCUUAACCACGGGUCCCUGUUUGAUGUGCUGCAACAAACCCUGCUUUAGCUCAGCACAGCAGUGGAAGACCAGGAAGCAGAUUGGGUGCAAGCUUCUCUUGAGACCCCCAUGCUUGUCUGGGCUUGCUAAGCCAGUCUGGCUUACUGUGCUGUGGGAACCAAGUCACAUCCUGAGUCUGGAUUUUCUCUGUUUUUUCUAAAGUACUAUAAUGUAUGUCUCUAAUAUAUGUGAAGUGUUUGGGGCAUGAUCCAUCAUGAACUCUACUUGCAUUAGUUCUUGAGAUGAACACACCAUUCAGGGUUUGCACCAUCUAUUUAAAGUACGUUCAGCACACACUGACCCCCCUCCCCAAAGAAUCCUAGGAACCGUAGUUUUAUUCUCAUUGAGCUUUGGUUCCCCAAACCCUUAAUAAACCAGUUCCCCAGGAUUUAUGGGGUGGAAGCUAUGUGUUUUAAAUGUGUGUUGGUUCUGCUUUAUUUGUAUGGUGUGAAUCUGGAUUUAGGCCCUCCCCCCCCCGCCCUAGUCCAAACCUCCCAAUGAAACUUUUCUAAUGUGGAUGAAUUAUUUUGUAUCCAGGCGUCAUUUUCCUUACGUACAGAUGAAUCCUAUUCUAUCAAAACACAUACCUGCGAUUUUGAAAACUUAGUAACUGUGAUUUCAAUGACUAGGUUUCUCUAUUGCCAUAAUUUUUUGUCAAAUGCUGUUCUGGGUGAGAAAUGUGCAUGAUUUCUUUUUUUUGUUUUUCUCAUCAUUUGUAUGUUUAGUGCAGCAUGGAACUUUAAUAAAAUAUCUUGGAAGUCUUGGGUUUUUU